GUUCAUUCAUAGGCAAUGACCACUGUAUCAGAGGUAACAGCACUGUAUGAGAAGUAACAACACUGCAAGUAGCCUUUGGGAAAGUACCUGACCGAAGAAUCACCACUUCACAUCUGUAAGCAGAGCGCUGGCCUAACUCUGCAGCUUAAGCAGGGGUCAGAACAUCUGAAGCAAUCUGCUGAUAUUCUGAAAAUCCAUUCCUCGCUGCCGAAGAAUUAACAGGAUGCUCUCCAAUGAAUCCCUACAUUCUCCUGCGUUCAGCCGCUCCAACUCACAAGCCUCUGUAGACAGCACCUCCAUGGAAGAUUUCUGGCGGGAAAUAGAAAGUAUUGAAGAGAACAGCAUGGGAGGGCAGGAAGAGCAGGUACCGGCUGAGGUCAAACCUGCUGAUGAAGGAGAACUCGAAGCAGAGUGGUUGCAAGAUGUGGGUUUAUCAACCCUGAUCUCAGGUGAUGAAGAGGAGGACGGCAAAGCCUUGCUGUCCACACUGACUCGAACCCAAGCAGCUGCAGUGAAAAAGAGAUAUAAUACUUAUAGUCAAACCAUGAGAAAAAAGCAUAAGCAAUCUGUCAGGGACGUCAGAGACAUCUUUGGAGUCAGCGAAUCUCCACCAGAUGAUUUUUGUUGUAUCCCAACUCCUCUUUUGGAUGCGACCCGGGAUGAAGAAGGGAUAUCAACAAUUCCAUCCAGAAAUGGUCUACUGCCAGGUGAUACCCGCGACCAUCAUACUACUCAGGAGGAAAAAGAGCUGCCGCUGGUUACCAAAACAAGUGGUUCCUCGACAGAGGGUGCUUCUCUCAGCAGUAUUGCCUUGUCAGAGGGGUCGCAGGACGAAGAAGGGAAGUUUGCAUCAUCACCCAGGGGUGGCUCUGUGUCUAUCCUUGAGACUAUUCCAGAUAUACCAGUUCAUUCCAAUGGAUCGGCAGACCCCGGGCAGUCAAUUCAGAGCUCAGUGAGUGAUGAUGAUUAUCUGGAAAAGAACAUUCCACCAGAAGCUGAAGAGCUGUCCUUUGAAGUAUCUUACUCAGAAAUGAUUGCAGAGGCUCCAAAAAGAAAUAAAUGUAAGAAGUCAGAUUUUAAGAAAGAAGACUAUGUUUUAACUAAAUUUAUUGUUCAGAAAACCAGAUUUGGCCUAACUGAAGCAGGAGACCUAUCGGCUGAAGACAUGAAGAAAAUCCGCCACCUAUCUCUGAUUGAAUUGACGGCCUUUUUUGAUGCCUUUGGAAUUCCGCUGAAGAGAAACAAAACAGAGAAAGUAAAAGGAAGAGACAAUGGGAUUUUUGGAGUUCCACUCACAGUCCUACUGGACAAUGACCGAAAGAAGGACCCUGCAGUGAAAGUGCCCCUUGUGUUACAAAAAUUUUUUGAGAAAGUUGAGGAAUCGGGUCUGGAGUCUGAAGGAAUUUUUCGACUUUCAGGAUGUACUGCCAAAGUCAAGCAAUACCGUGAAGAACUAGAUGCCAAGUUUAAUACUGACAAAUUUAAAUGGGACAAAAUGUGCCAUAGAGAAGCUGCAGUGAUGUUGAAAGCCUUUUUCAGAGAACUACCCACUUCUCUCUUCCCUGUGGAAUACAUACCUGCCUUCAUCACUUUAAUGGAAAGAGGGCCUCACAUCAAGGUACAGUUUCAAGCCUUGCACCUCAUGGUCAUGGCACUGCCUGACGCCAACAGGGACACAGCUCAGGCCCUCUUGACAUUCUUCAAUAAAGUGGUUGCCAAUGAAUCAAAAAACCGAAUGAGCAUAUGGAACAUUUCUACUGUGAUGGCACCAAACCUUUUCUUCAGUAGAAGCAAACAUUCUGAUUAUGAAGAAUUACGGUUAGCCAACACUGCAGCCCACAUCAUCUGCCUGAUGCUUAACUACCAGGAAAUCCUGUGGAAGGUUCCAUCUUUCUUAAUCAAUCAAGUUAGAAGAAUGAAUGAAGCCACCAUGUUGUUAAAGAAGCAGCUCCCAAGUGUCAAAAAGUUGCUAAGAAGGAAGACCAUAGAACGAGAGGUUAUAAGCCCCAAGACUUCAAAGGUACUACAAAAAUCACCCUCUUUAAGAAGAAUGUCUGAUGUGCCCGAAGGAGUCAUAAGGGUCCAUGCUCCACGUCUCUCGAAGGUUUCCAUGGCCAUUCAGCUCAAUAGUCAAACCAAAGCCAAAGACAUACUAGCCAAAUUUCAAUAUGAGAACAGUCAUGGUUCUUCAGAGUGCAUUAAAAUUCAGAACCAAAGGUUAUAUGAAAUUGGAGGAAAUAUAGGACAGCAUUGCUUGGAUCCAGAUGCUUAUAUAUUGGAUAUAUAUCAUGUAAAUCCUCAAGCAGAAUGGGUGAUUAAACCACAAUCAAGUUUUUGAAAGACCCUCAAGAUGGCAGCCAUUAUGUAUUAUAUGCCAAGAAAAUUCUACAUUACGUAGGGGGGGAGAAAAGCCUAAUUUUGACAUGUUUGUUUCUAUAACCCCCUUGGUGCUUCUCAGCCCAAGUGGUGUCUCCUCACAUUGUCAACAUGAGCUAUGGAAGAGGAUAUGGUUAACCAUUUGAACUAAAGCGUUCUCAUGAUGGUUCCUUGGUAAGAAUAAAGGAAAGAGGUUGUGAUCCUUCCUGAAGAAAGACCAAUCUAGAAUAGGAACUCUAAUUAUUUCUAGUACUUUGACUUCACAGCAGAAAUGAACUUGGUCCUAUAGAUAAGAAACACUUCUUUAUGUAGCAAAUGCUCCCAACACAAGAGGUGGAAAAAGACUUUUUUAUACUUACUUUAUAUACAUAUAUUGAUCAUUUUGAGCAAGAAUGCCAGAAAUAGCAGUAAUUUCCACUCUGCAAAAUAAUGCAGAUCUACUUUCCAACCAAGUCAGUUUCUAAAGUUAUACAUACAAUAUUUAUGCUCUGACUUCCUCCUGAAUAGAAGGAGGAGGAACUUCUGUUUAAAGACACUGUGUUGUUAUAUAUGUUAUACUAUAUCAUGACAAUCAGCAUUCUGGUGCAAAUGAACAUUUCCUUUUCUUGAAUUGUUGAAAAUUGAUAUUUUUAAAGCUUAUUCCCUUAUGUGUACAGGGACCCCUAGGCAAGCUUAGUUUGACAAAAGGUAUUCUCAUGUUUUCAUAACCUUCUGUGUAGUCAAAAGUCACAGAGCCUCUGUUUUUUUCAUCAUAAUUAUGACACUCAAUGAAUAGCUUUCCAUGUGCCAGACAUUGAUUUCCUUUUCUGAUGAAACACAUCAUUUUUUAUACUUGACAACUGUACAUAGUCACUUCUGCAGCCCCAGUUUCAAAAUACAGAACUGCCUUCAUCCAAGAGUGCUGAAAAUACUGUUACAUUCAGAUUUUAUAUGCUGCAAAAGCAGGUUUUGUUUCUGUUCAUCAAUCAUAGUCCUGGCCAACCACUGUGGAUUAGCAUCAGGCUUUAAAAUCAGCUGCAUAUCUUGUAAGCAGAAAACUGUCUCCCUAUCAAGAUCCUGUGGAACCAUUUUCCAGACCUGUGAUUGAUAAGAACAUACAGUCUCUGUGAUUCUGAUUGAGAGCAAAUCUAAAAUAUGCUGAAGGAUCUAACAUCUCUGCCUUUCAUCUUGAGAAUGCAGAUAUAGUCCAUCCUUGUAGAAUUAGCUAGAAAUGGGACAGAGAUCUCAUUUAUUCCACUUUGGAUUAGAAUUCACAGAUUGUUAUUUUGAUGACAUCAUAUCAAUCUUAAUGAGAUUUAACACUCAAAUGGCUCUUGCAGUUCAAACAAGAGUCAGAGUUGCUCACAAUUGCAGAAAACAUAUCUGCUUACCAAGUCUCAAAACAUAAUGUGAUAAUUUAAGCCCAAAUACAAAAGAAAAAUUUUAUAUGCUACAUUAUGCCUUGAUGUCUAUAAAAAUAUUACUUAUGUUCAACAUGUAGAUAAUUCCAUUUCUGGUCAUUAAGAUUUUGUUAUAUUUAUAUAGAAAAGUCAAAUAUCUAUUCAUUUUUUUGUUUGUUCAUUUGAGAAUUUUCAUUUCCUUUUCCUGAAGACCCAUUAGAAAAUAAACAUGGUUUGUAAGUUUAUACUUACAUUUCAUUAGUUUUCAAGAUAUGGGUAAUUGAUGGCAUGUGAGUUUACAUAAUGAAUUUCAUGAGUCUGAAAAAUACGAUUUUACGAUUUUUGCAAUUCAAACAGAAGUAAACAUUUCACUUUUUGUAGUUGCUAGGUUCCAAGACAUAAGAUGGCAGUAAUAUAUGCCUACCGACAUGGAAGUCUUCAAGUUAGCUACCUUUCACUUCUAUGUAUAUAUGAAAACAAUGGUUGAUUUAGCUCAUUGUGUUUCUUAUCAUUUAGAAUAAAUUCUGUCACGUUUAUAUAGAAAAUUCAUGAACCUAUUCAUUUAAUUUUUUAUUUAGGGAUUUUCAUUUCUUUUGACUGAAGACACAUUAGAACCCAUAUAUAGGUUCUAGAGAUUUCAGGGUUUACCUCACUUGUCAUCAGUUUUAAACAAAUAGCUAACAGAUGACAGAUUAAAACAAUAAAUUUCUGAGUUUUUUUAGCCACUUUUGUGUGUUUUCAUAGAUCAAAGACUUCAAUAAAGCAAUGACUUUAAAUUAAUCACUUUAAUGUGUUCAAGGAUGUGUGACAACUUUCAGGUAACUGUAUAUAUGGAAGGCCACAUCAAUACCAAUAUCAUUAUCCAAUGGUAAUUUUUAUUCUUAGUCAUAGGGUUAACUAACUGGUUAGAGAAGAAUUUUCACUAGACACACAGACUAAUUUUUAUGUGGAUAAAGAGGUUAUUUUUACUAAUUUUAUCCUUAAAGAAUAUACAAAAUCUUUCAAUUAAAAUUCAAAAAUGCCUGCCACCUAAGUAUUGAAAAACUAUCUUUGUCUUAUCAAGAGUUAUUUAAAAGUAGUUAUGGUCAUCUGUAAAAAUGAAUAGCAUAUUUGUGAACAAAAGCAGUCAGAUACUGGGCUUCUAAAUUCUGUUUUUAAUAGAUUCCCACCCCACUUUGUCCCAUGUGCCCUUGGUGUACAGUUAGGAAAAUAAUAUCCAGGAAAGUACUAGAGAAAAUUAACAUUUAGGAACACUUAUUCAUUAAAAAAAAACUAGCACUGGCUCAUUUUCUCCUUUUUUCUGCAAAAGAGAAUCCCUUUGUUAAGCAGCUCACUUGGGGAUAUAAUUCUUGGAGUGAAUGAUCUUCAAACAAACUGGAAUAUUCUUUAUAAUGUAUACACAGUGUAAACUACCUCACUUGCCUUUCUUGGGAAAACAAUUAAUGGACUUUAACAAUUUUUGUUACAAAUUAUCCCUGUAUCUUUUUGUCAUUUCAGUUAGCUUUCAGGGUACACUUAAUAUACAUUUAAUGAUGUAAAAUAUUUUUAACAAAAGCUUUAAAGCCAAAAAUAUUCUAACUGAUCUGUGCUAUACUCUGAGAGAUUGUGUGUCUUUUAGUCAUUGUCUUGUAUGUUUCACCAUGUUGAGAUGCAGGUUUUCAAGUGUAGGGAUUGAUACUCAUUUCUCUUUGCAGGCAUUUUUCAACUGCUUUUCCUCUAUUGCAUGUGACUGAAAAGUAAGAUGAGAUUAACAUGACCUUUCUUUCUAUCAAACAUAUUUCCACUGCUUUUCACAAAUAUAUCACAUGUCUGAAAAGACUGUAUAUUAUGGGAUUGAAUAGUUUCU